AUGCCUUGGAAGGGCAAACGUAUCCUUUUGGUGGGCUUCACGCCGAAUGGUGCUUGGGAGGACGCGGCCAGAGCCAAGGUACUCCUGGACUUGGGUUUUGUGCCACCUUCAGGAUUCCAUUUGCCCAAGGCCGUACAAGAAACACCUUCGAACCUUCCUGUCCCUCACCCUGGCACCCCGGACGGAGGGCCCAUCCGGUCGGCGAUAGACCCACCCGUGCCUAAGCCUUCGAGAGUGCCGUAUCUCUUGGAGCUCUUCUGUGGGUCUGCAGGGGUUUCUUCGGCGUUCAUUCGGCUUGGGGGUGAGGCUUUGGGUAUUGACCGAUGCUUGCUGCCCAGGUCGAUCAAGGCGCCGUGUGUUCGUUUAGACCUCACCCGUGCAAGUGACCAGGCUUUGAUUCUUGAUGAAGUUCGCAGGGCCGAUAUUAUCUGGCUGGCACCCCCGUGCGGGACAUGCUCGAGGGCUCGCGAGAUACCACUGAGGGCUUCGUCGGGCGCCUCAGGCAAGCUCAAGGCUGAACCUUUGCGCAGCGCAGCAUGUCCCGAAGGCUUCCCAAACCUUUCAGGUGUGGCUGGACGCCGGGUGCGCCUGGCAAACCAGCUGUACAUGUUUACGGCCCAGGUUGUCGAGCUGUGUGUGCGUCAGGACAAAGUUUGCGUGAUCGAGAACCCGAGCCGGUCCUGGUUCUGGUCCACUCGAUGGAUAAAGCCGUGGGUAGCCCGUUUGCACUCCCUGCAUUCCCACGCCUGCAUGUAUGGUGCUGACCUGAAAAAGGCUACCAGACUGCUCUCCACGCAUCAGCUACCCUCCAUGCAGGCCACAUGCGACGGGGCCCACGCCCACAAGUCGUGGGGCCUUACCAAAAGUCGGGGGCAGUGGGGUUUUCGCACCACGGGCACCGCUGAGUACCCCAGUGCUUUCUGCAAGGCAGCUGCUUCAGACUUCAUGGAGAUUUGUGCUUCGCGUAACGCCUUUCCUGCCCAAGAGGUCGUGUCUGAGGCUUUUGGAGUGGCUGCCGCUGCCGGGCGACAGCCUCGGGGACAAUCGUUCCAGGUCGGGCCGUCUGAGUUUGGCUCUACGUGUACAAUGCGUGUACCUGUCAGUGUGUCUGUGUCCGAAGUGAUCGACGGCCAAACACCGUGGCCACUGCAAGGCCUGCCUUUGGGGUCUCGACUCCUCAACUCUCGGACAGUGACAGGUGAAGGGGGGGAGGAAGGUGUCCGUGAGGUCAAGUUUGGAAUCUUUCGCACACCAGAUUCUUUCUUGCGUGAAGCUUUAAAGAUGCGCCAUCCCUUCGAUGAACCUUCAACUUCGGACAUGGGUAAUAUUCGUGCUAUGCAAGUCGUCUUGGAGAGGGGUGUGGAAGGCACUAAGACCCUUCGGCAGAAAACUCUUGACUAUUACCGGCGGAGAGAGCUUGAGCUUCGGUCCGAUGAAGAGGCUCUCAAGGCGACUAUGGACCACAGGCUCGCUGCCGCCGUCUGGACAGUUCCCAAAGAAGCUCAAGCCUGCCGUCUUGGACGAAUCGCAGCUGAAGCAUCGUGCAAGAAAGCAUCUCCAGACUUGGAUGUGGCCAGGGCAGUGUGGGCCGAGACGCUCGAGCAAGUCGAGAAAUCUUGGAUGAAAGGGCCGUUUUCUUGGGCCGAGAUCGAGAAAAAAUAUAAUGGCUGCUGGAUUCCUUCGAAGCGCUUUGGUGUGGCCCAGUCAGACAAGGUGAGGAGUGUGGAUGACCUCUCAGAAUUUCUUAUCAACUCUGCCGUGACGGAGACAGAGAAGAUUACCUUGGAAGGCAUUGAUCAUAUCGUUUCCUUGGCGCGGUUCUUCCUAGGGGCCACGACGGCUGGGGUUACGACGUUUCGCCUUCCUGCUUCCGAGGGGCAAUGGGUAACUGGGAGGUUGCAUUCCGACUGGCGGGGAGGCAGAGCUCGUCUUUUGCGAGGCAGGGCACUGGAUUUGAAAGCCGCCUACAAGCAGCUCGCGCGUCACCCUAAGGAUGGUUGGGUCUCGAUCGUGGCCGUGCUCAACCCGGACUCCGGGGAGGUCAGCUACUUUGAGGCAGUGGCUCUGCCUUUUGGGGCAGUGAGCGCGGUCACGGGCUUCAACCGGGCGGCCCGGGCUUUGAGGCGAAUCCUCUCGAUUCUCUUCAGUCUGGUGACUACCAAUUUUUACGACGAUUUCUGCCAGCUAGAGCUCGAACCUUUACAGGAGUCUGCACGGGAGAUUGCCGAAGAGGUCCUCGGGUUACUGGGCUGGAAGAUCGCUCAAGGGGCUAAGGCCUUGCCUUUUGAUCGAGUCUUCAACAUGCUGGGAGCAACCAUUUCCUUCGAACGCGCGGCCAAAGGAGAUGUCUUGGUGAAAAACAAGCCAGGGCGCCUCGAGGCCAUCGAAGAGGUGGUCAUGCGGCGCGUGUCAGAGCGUCGGUGUGAUCGGAAGAGAAUGUUAUCCAUCAAGGGCAAGUUGUUGUUCGCUGCUGGUCACGUGUUCGGGCGGUGCGCCCAGUUGGCAACGCAACUCAUUUCUCAUCGGGGGAAUGAUCGCCACCAGGGCCGUGAGCACAUGGACGAUCUGCUCAAUGCUCUGCAGUUUGCCUUGGAGACUCUUAAAUCCGGUGGACCAAGGUGCGUGGGAGCUUGGUCGCAACAGCCUCCGGUGCUCAUUUUCACGGAUGGUGCGUGCGAGCAGGAGGGCAACCUGGUGACGCAUGGGGCUCUCUUGUUUGAUCCUGUGACAGGACGCAAGGAGGUGUUUGGCGAUCAUGUUCCCAAGUGCUUGGUGGAGAGAUGGAAGGGUGGAGGCAAGAAACAGGUGAUUUUCUUUGCGGAAAUUUUUCCAGCGGUGGUGGCUAAGGCUACUUGGAAGGACGUUGUGCAAGGGCGUCGGGUUCUGUUCUUUCUGGACAACGAAGGAGCCCGGUUCACCUUUAUCCGGUCCUACUCGGCGCAGGUCAAUGCUACCGAUCUCUUGAUGAUCUCUGCGAG